AUUUGUACAAGUGUUUACAGGGGUAAAAAGUAUACAUGUAUUCAUAUAUGAAAGACCUUUUAUAGUAUUUCAAUGAGCAUUGGCAGGAGAACAUUACAUUUUAUAGUUUAUUCUUAACACAGGAAUAGAUUAAUGCUGCGUGUGUGUAUCUGUGGUACUAAAAGGAUAGAAUCGAUUCUAUGUGCACGUUUUGGACAAACUUCAUUUUGAUAAUGUUUUAAGAGAGUCUAGUCAAACACCAACUUUAAUAUUGGAUACAUAUGUGUCACAUAAGGACAUCCCUAAUUUAAGCAUCCCUGGAGCAACACAAAAUAAUACAAAAUAUAAAAGAUCCAGCUGGUAGAUUUAUUAGCGAAUCUGAAAUGAGGAAGUUAACAGGAUGCGAGGGAUUUAUCUUGGGAAUAUUUGUACUCUUAGCAAUAGGUGUAAUCGUACUUGCGGCAUUCUUAUCACUUGGUUACCUAUAUAGAACAGAAUGUGACCAUAGUCCCUGUGGCGUUCAUGGUACAUGUGAAGUUAAGCAAGGAAAUGGAAGAAAUUUUCCUGUCUGCAAUUGUGAAAAAGGCUACCAAGGUCAUACAUGUGAAGAGCUCAAAGUCAUUAUAAAGGAAUAUGGAGCUUGGAGAAGUCCUAUCACCAGCAAGAUGGUCAACGAUGCGAAAACAAUAAUUAAUGAAGUAGUUUACGAUCCUGCCAUACCAGGUAGAAUAUAUUGGUCAGAACAGAGAUUUAAAGAAGAAGGACGAAUUGUAAUAUGUUCCAAUGAUAAAGGCGAUCCAAAAGAGACAUGCUAUACAGAUACGAAGUAUAGCGCCAGAUCAAGUGUUAAUGGAUAUGGCGGGGGAGCUCUGCUCGUUUAUAACUCUACAAUAUAUUUUGUCAACAGCAGAGAUCAGAAAAUCUAUAGCCAAAUGGUACCAGAUGGUAAGGCAGAGGUGUUAGUCAACUCAUCCAAAAUAUAUCAUGCUGAUGGAAGUAUUUCACCUGAGCUGAACCUGAUCUUCUAUGUUCGUGAGGACAACAGUGUUAAACCUGUAAUAACCACAAUUUCAAAAGUGAACAUUAACACUGGAGAGGAAACUGUGAUUAUCAGUGGUUCAGACUUCUACAGUUCUCCCCGAGUUUCGCAUGAUGGAAAGAAGCUCGCCUGGGUCCAAUGGAAUUUCCCUAACAUGCCUUGGGACAACAGCACUCUUUGUUUGGCGAACCUUACUGUAGAUGGCAGUGUUGUAGAGGGUUCGAUUGUAAAAGUUUCAACCGGAGGAGCUGAAAGUGUCAUGGAACCAAAGUGGAGUCCUAAAAAUGAACUUUAUUAUAUCUCGGACAAGACUAAUUGGUGGAACCUGUAUCGGGUUCUUGAAGAUGGAACUUCAAAAAUAGUUAUAGAAAGGGAUGAAGAAAUAGGCCUUCCGCCAUGGCAAAUGCAUUUGGAUUAUUACAAUUUCUACGACCGAAAAAUCAUCACAACCUUUAACAGGUACCUACAGCUGAUAGACAUGGACACCGGGGUUGUACAAAAGAUACAUACAGGGUAUCGCAGUCAUUUCAGAAUACAGACUUCCUCCUUGGGUGACAUUUAUGUAAGAGCUGAACACCAAACUCAACCAGAAGCACUCCUCAGGAUCAAUAUUAUCACGUUGCAGGUUGAGAUUGUAAAAGAAACACAGGAGUUGGAGCUUAGUGCGGGCUACAUCAGUACACCACGCGAGAUCCAAUUCCCAACUGGACAAGACAAUGAUGAAGUAGCUUAUGGAUAUUAUUAUCCACCAACGAAUGAAGACUAUGCUGGUCCAAAAAACUCUACACCUCCUUUGGUAAUUCGAAUUCACGGAGGACCAACACAAGCUACUCGCGAUACGUUCUUGAUGCUGUUCCAGUUUUGGACCAGUCGUGGCUGGGGCAUAUUGGAUGUAAACUACAGGGGAAGCACGGGAUAUGGCAGGGAAUAUAGGCAGAAGCUUUACAAUAAAUGGGGCAUUAUUGAUGUCGAAGAUGCGGUCAAUGGUGCACUACAUAUGGUUAAAGAAGGGCAUGCAGAUAUAGACAGACUGGUUAUAUCUGGUGGUUCUGCAGGGGGAUUGGUUGUCUUGUGUGCACUCACAUUUAGGCCUGGAGUUUUUAGAGCAGGUGCGAGCUACUAUGGUAUAUCAGACAUUGCUCUUCUGGCUGGUGAAACGCAUAAAUUUGAAAGUCGCUACAUAGACCAAUUAAUAGGACCAUGGCCGGAAACCAAUCAAACAUAUUACGAUCGCUCUCCAAUCAACUUUGCAGACAACCUCACAGUACCUGUAAUAUUCUUCCAUGGUGACAAAGACACGAUUGUCCCCAUGAACCAGGCCGUGAUUUUGCACAAUGUUCUCAAAGAGAAAAAUAUACCAACAUCCCUGAAUAUAUUUAAAGGAGAAGGCCAUGGAUUUGGAAAAGAUAAGAAUAAAAAUGCUGCAUUAGAUGGGGAGAACUACUUCUAUAGUAGAGUAUUUGGAUUCUUGGAACAUAUGGAUUGCGAUAAAGGAAAGGUUGAGAUUGACAAUGAAGAUCAGUUGAAGAAAUCCCAAAGAUAA